AUGUGGUCUAGAUUAGCGCGUCGGAGGGCGCUUUUAUUCUCAUUAAGAAAUCAAUCUGCGUCUACGAGGAGUCAAAUCCAAAGAAGGACGCUGGUCUCGGCACCUAAACCCGGUGAUGGACCUCUGAUGGAGAGACGUCCGGACCGAGAACUCCCAAACAUCACCACCUUCCGCUGGGCCCGCACCCUCCCCAUCUUCCUCGCCCUAAUCGCCGCCUCCAGCGUCGCCAUCUUCAACUACCAAAAGCUCUCGAGCCCCAUCGUCGCCUCGACGCUGUACGCGCUGCGCACGAGCCCCCGCGCCCGCGCCGUCCUCGGCGACGAGAUCUACUUCAAGCACCAGAUCCCCUGGAUCGCCGGCGAGAUGAACCAGCUGCGCGGCCGCAUCGACAUCCGCUUCCCCGUCAAGGGCACCCGCUCCGCCGCCGUCAUGCGCUUCGCCAGCUUCCGCCCCUCCCCCAAGGGCGUCUUCGAGACCACCGAGUGGAGCCUCGAGACCCCCGACGGCACCAAGAUCGAUCUGCUGGAAGGCGACGAUCCGUUUAGGGCUGUGGCCGCGUUCCCGAUGGAUGAGGAGGAGCGCGAGGAGGCUACGAGGGGGUUUAGACAGCAGCUUAAGUGAGGGCGUCGUCGCAUGCGUCCCUUUUAGAUGCUGCUGCUGUUGGUGUUAGAUUCCAGAGGGCAAUACUGGGUUUGAGCGGUGGAAGAAUGCUCUACGCGUAGCUGUUAAAUGCUUGGGUACGAGUAAACCUACUAAAUAACUAGGCGAUAUUAGAAACAUAU